AUGGGGAAGCAGGGCCACAGCCCUGGCAUCUCGGUGGGCCAGCUAGAUCGCAACCUGGUGCCCCGCGUAGAGCAGUAUGCCCUCAACAGAGAUGUUUCGGACGUGGACGCGGUGGUCGACCACCUCCGGCGCAGCUACAAGGAGUACCAGCGCCGGCAGGCCGAUGGGGAUAAGCCGUCAACAUCAGGUGCCAAGCGCAUGCAGCAGCAGCAGCAGCAGCAACAGCAGCAGCAACGGCGGCAGCCCAAAAAGCGGCAGGGCGGCGGCGACGGCAGCAGCGAAGAGGACGAGGGGGACGACAGCAGCAGCAGCGGCGGCGAGAGCAGAGAGGCCGAGAAGGCCGGCGGGGGUGGCGCUGCAAAGCGCGGCGCCGGCGCAACAGGGAUGAACAACUCGCUGCUUGCCAUGUACGGCGCCGCCCCGGUCGGCGCCACCACCAGCGGCGGAGGCGCGGGCACCAGCAGUGGCGACGGCAGCGGCAGCGGGCCGACCAGCAGCGGUGGCGGCGGCAGCGACACAGAUGAUGACGCGGUGGAUGGCAAGCCCGCGUUCGCGCCGCCAGACGUGGUGGCCGCCGCAGCGCAGCGCGCACUCGCGAUCGAGCGCGCGGCGCGCGACGCCGCGCGGCGGCCGCCCCCGCAGCAACACCAGCAGCAGCCGGGCGACGGCGAGGGGCCCUCCACCUCGGGGCGCGAGCGGGGCGGCGCCGCCCAGGCGCAGCAGCAGCAGCAGCAGCAGCAGCAAGAGCAGGUGCCGGAGCAGCGGCCGGCCGCCGCCGCUGGAGAAGCGGCGGGGCUGGGGACCGGUGACGAGGCGGCGGCGGCAGCAGCGGGUGGCGGUGGCGGCGGGGGCGCCGCGAGGACUAAGAAGAGCCGCGGCGCUGAAGACGCCGGGCUGCGGGGGGACAGAGAGGUCGCCAAAAAGGCGCGCCGCGCAGGCGCCCCUGGCGGCCUGGCGGCGCUUGGCGGCGGCCUCGGCGCUGGCCGGCGCAGCGGCGGCGGCGGCGGGUCCAUGGUGUCUGCGCCGCGGCCGCUGCGGUACUGCGAUCUGGGCGGCAUUGAGGAGGUCCUGGCCGACAUUCGUGAGACGAUAGAGUACCCUCUGAAACACCCCGAGGUGUACGCCUGGCUCGGCGUCGAGCCGCCGCGCGGUGUGCUGCUGCAUGGCCCCCCCGGCUGCGGCAAGACCGCCCUCGCGCACGCGAUCGCGAACGAGUGCGGAGUGCCGUUCCUGCGGGUGUCUGCGCCGGAGGUCGUCAGCGGCAUGAGCGGCGAGAGCGAGGCCAAGCUGCGGCAGAUGUUCCAGGAGGCGGUGGCCGUGGCGCCCUGCAUCGUCUUCAUUGACGAGAUCGACGCCAUCGCGCCCAAGAGGGAGACCGCACAGAGGGAGAUGGAGCGCCGCAUCGUUGCACAGAUGCUGACGUGCAUGGACGACCUGGCAGCCCCCCUGGUCGCCGAUCCCGAUGCGCCGCCGCCGCAAGAAGGAGGCGGCAGCGGCGGCGGCGCAGGCGGCCACCCGGCGCGCGUGGCGGCGCGGCCGCACGUGGUGGUGAUUGGCGCCACCAACCGCCCUGACGCCCUGGACCCCGCCCUGAGGCGCGCCGGCCGCUUCGACCGCGAGAUCACUCUUGGCAUCCCAACAGAGGCGGCGCGCGCCCAGAUGCUCCGCGUCCUCACGCGCCCCCUCCGCCUCGUCGGCGGCUUCGACCACGGCGCGAUCGCGCGCCGCACGCCCGGCUUUGUUGGCGCUGACCUGGCGGCGCUGGCAAAGGAGGCGGCCGCGGCGGCGGUGACGAGGAUCUUCAGGCGGAUCGACGGUCAGCAGGAGGAGGCGCGGCGGCUGGAGCUGCUGGGGAGCGCGAAUCCUGCAGGGCAGGGCGAGGGGCCGGCGCAGCAGCAGCAGCAGCAGCAGCAGCAGCAGCAGCAGCAGCAGCAGCAGCAGCAGCAGCAGUUGGAGGGCCCCGCGGCCGGCAGCGGCGCGCCGGAUGGCCAGCCGCCGCCGGCCCCGCCAGCGCCGCAGCCGCUCGAGCAACGGGACGCGCAGCAGCAGCAGCAGCAGCAGCCCCCGUCGCGGCGGCUGGGGUGCGGCGCGCUGACGGCGGCGGAGCUGUACGGGCUGGCCAUCACGAUGGCGGACUUUGAGGCGGCGCUGCCCAAGGUGCAGCCCAGCGUGCGGCGCGAGGGGUUCACGACGAAGCCCGGCGUCACCUGGGACGACGUGGGGUCUCUCGAGGAGGUGGAGUGCAGCUUGGUGGCGGGCAAGCCAAUAAGCACGUAA